AUGACUUCUGAAGCAUCCUGGCAUCAUGUGAAGAGUCAAGAAUAUCCUGCCGAUUGUGCCUCACGAGGUAUUGCAGCUUCCAAGCUAAAAGUUCAUAAACUGUGGUGGUCUGGGCCACAGUGGCUAAGUCAGGAUUCUUUACACUUUCCAUCAAUUGAUUUGUCGACUUCCUCUGAAGAAGACGUGAAAUGUGAGGAGAAGUCAUCCACCGUUCUUACUAAUGUCUCAACAUCAAGUCAAGGCAGCUAUUUUUUGGAAAUCAUAGCUAAGUAUUCAUCAUUCUCACGUUUAAUCCGAGUCAUAGCUUUGUGUAAAAGAUUCAUCAGCAAUUGCAGAUCAUCUAGAGUUGCUGGUGUGCUAACAUCAAAAGAGGUAGAUGAUGCAACCAAGGUUGUUAUUCAAACUGUACAAGAAUCACAGUUUCAUUUCGAAAUUCAACUCUUAAAGAAGAGACAUCCUCUUCCCAACAGCAGCAAGCUUCUGCCUCUAGGAAUUUUUCUGGACGCAGCUGGAAUAAUCAAAGUUGGAGGAAGAUUAAAAAAUUCGAGCCUGAGUCCAAUUCAAAAGCACCCAAUCCUCCUUCCUAAGAGCCAUCACCUCACUAAUCUGGUCAUUCAGUAUUUUCAUCAUAUCAAUUUGCACAGUGGACCUCAACUUACCUUAUGCUGCAUUCGACAGAAAUUCUGUAUUCCUUCUGGCAGAGGAGUAGUCGGAAGACUUUUAUCCAAGUGCCAAACCUGCUUUCGCUUCAGAGCUAAAUCGGGUGAGCAGCUCAUGGGUAAUUUGCCUGAAAAUAGGUUCAGUUCUGGCAGAGCGUUUUUAAACGUAGGCAUCGACUUUGGAGGACCAUUCAUCACCAAACCCAACAUUCCUCGAAGCAAAAACUUUGUAACUCAAGAAUCCAUUACAUGGCACUUCAUACCUCCCACGGCAGCUCACGUCGGCGGACUCUGGGAAGCUGGCAUCAAGUCGACCAAGCAGCUUCUAAUUAAAACAAUGAAAUCAGCUGUUCUGAACUUUGAAGAGCUUGUGACAUUGGUAACGCAGAUUGAAGCAUGCUUAAACUCAAGGCCUCUAACUCCUCUGUCUAACGACCCUCAAGACUUGCAACCUCUUACGCCAGGACAUUUCUUGAUUGGUGCUCCAAUGGCUUCUUUUCCAGAAGAGGUCCCUUCACAACCAGCGAGCUUAAAGAAGCGAUGGAAUUUAAUUCAACAUCUCCGAGGUCAGUUCUGGAGGAGAUGGCACCUGGAGUACCUAAAUCAAUUACAACAAAGAACCAAGUGGAAGAAACCAAGACGAAACCUGAGAGUCAAUGAUAUGGUCCUUGUGAAGGAGGACAAUCUCCCACCUCUGCAAUGGAGCCUAGGCAGAGUUGUUCAAGUAUUUCCAGGAGACGAUGGUGCUGUUCGAGUCGUGGAUGUCAAGACCCAACGAGGACAAUUCAGACGCCCUAUUACCAAGUGUUACCUACUGCCAACGGAAGACUGA